UUUUGUUUUGUUGCAACAUUUAAAAGAUAAUUUAAUUUGUUUAGCGUAAGGUUUCUCCAAGAUUCACAGAUACCAAAACACCCCCUUCCCCCACCCCACUCACCAUAACAACUGUUCUUCUUUCUAUCCCCACUUUUUUUUCCAAAUCUCACCACCACUCCCUCUUCUCUCUCCCUCACUGUAACACAGCCAAAAAGCUUCUGCCUUCCCUCUGAAUCUUCAAUUCCAUCACUGUACUAUCGAUACCACUGUGUGUCUGGUGUUGCAGAACCAUCGCCAUUGUUGGAAAUUUCAAAGAACCAUUCGCGGAUUUCAUGAGUUUAUGGUAGUUGUUGAUCUUUGUCUUUGCAGGGGUUUGGAUUUCUUGAGGAUAAAUGGGGGUUUUGUGAUCUUUUAUUUGGUGUAAAUCGACAAUGUGAGGUGAGUUUUGAAGAUUUCCAUUUGGGUUUUUCAUUUUGUGAUGAUGGUGGCUGCGAUUUCUGAAACAACAAACCAAUCAAGACCACCGUUGUUACCUUCCGAGAAAGAUAAUGGAAUCAUCGGCCCUAAUAAACCAACAAGACCUAAAUCGAGACAAGUUUCUUCAAGGUACUUAUCCCCUUCCCCUUCUCCUUCCCCUUCAACUUCUUCGAAUUCCUCGUCGUUACCGACACCGACGCCUUCACGACGCUUCCCAUCUCCUCUCGUUUCGAGAAAUUCGACUACUCCGGCAGCAAAACGGUCUGUUUCCGCCGACCGGAGACGAUCCACUCGACCGGAUCUUAACUUGAAAUCUAACAAUGCCGGCGGUGCCGGCGAGGUGUCGGCGGCCACUAAACUUUUAGUAACAUCCACACGAAGUUUAUCCGUUUCCUUUCAAGGCGAAGCGUUUUCAUUACCGAUUAGCAAAACUAAAGCAACCCCCACUUCCCCUAACUCAACUACUUUCCGAAAGGGUACCCCUGAAAGAAAAAGAACCGGUACCCCUUUACGAGUCGGAGAUCACGCCGAGAAUACAAAACCCGGAGAUCAACACCGGUGGCCGGCGAGAACUCGUCAAUCAAAUCAAACCGUUUUAUCAAAAAGUUUGAGUUUAGAUUGCGGGGUUGAAAAGAGCAACAUAAUCGGAUCUGGGAAUGUAAUCAGAGCUUUACAUCAAUCCAUGAACAUGGAUUCCAGAAGGGCAUCAGUCGAUGGUGUUCAUGGUGGGAGAUUAUCACUAGAUUUAGGUAAUUCCAUACUUUCAAACCCAAUUCAACAAAACCCAAAUGGGAAUUCCUCCGAUACCGAUAGCGUCUCAUCUGGUAGCACAUCUGGAAUCCAAGAAACAAACCGGAAUGGAACCAGAGGGGUAGUUAUGUCCGCUAAAUUUUGGCAAGAAACAAGUAGUCGAAUGAGAAGAUUACAAGAUUCAAGUAGUGGAACUAGUCCAGGAUCAAAACUAGUGACACCAUCAAAAUUAGCAAAGAAAUUUUCAAACGAUGGACCAUUAUUAUCACCAAGAACAAUGGCUUCUUCACCUAAUAGAAUGAGACCUUCAUCACCGAGUAAGCUGAUGACAUCAUCAGUAACAUCAUCGCCAUGUAGGGGUAUGAUUAGUCCAAGAAGGAAUUCGGUUUCUGGGAUUGUUACUAGUGGAUUUGGUGAAACCCCUUCUGUUCUAAGUUUCGCAGUUGAUGUUAGAAGAGGGAAAGUUGGUGAAAAUCGGAUUGUGGAUGCACAUUUAUUGAGGCUUUUUUAUAAUCGACAGUUACAAUGGAGGUUUGUUAAUGCUAGGAAUGAAGAUACAUUAUUAAAACAAAGAUGUGGAUCAGAGAAAAAUCUAUGGAAUGCAUGGAUUACAAUCUCUGAUUUACGUGACUCAGUCACCAAAAAAAGACAUAGAUUACAGUUACUGAAGCAAAAACUUAAGUUAGCCUCCAUUCUCAAGGAACAAAUAGAUUUUUUGGAAGAUUGGGCUUCUUUAGAUAAAGAUCAUUCGAUAUCAUUACUUGGAGCAAUUGAAGCUUUAAAAGCCAGCACUCUUCGCCUCCCUGUUGGUGGAGCAAUAGCUGAUCUUCAGAGCAUGAAAGAUGUUAUAAGUUCAGCACUUGAAGUGAUGCAGACAUUGUGUUUGUCGAUAUGCUCGCUUUGUGUGAAGGUGGAGGAAGCAAAUUCAAUGGUCAGUGAGCUUGCAAGUGUGUGUGCAAAAGAGCAAGCUUUGCUUAGGAUUUGCAAAGGCUUAUUGUCGAUGUUAGCAGCCCUCAAGGUGAAAGAUUGUAGUUUGCGAACACAUAUGUUACAAACAAAGUGUGUGAAGAAAUCACAUUUGUAG